UCCCGGUUCAGUUGCGUCCGAAGCGCCAGCGACACGGGUGUCUCCUGUUCUGUAACCACCCGGGAAAGGUAGAGAGCAACCUGUUCUCCCCGUAGCUUCAUCGUAACGGUUUCCUUCCUAUUUUGAAGCUUUUUGUCUGAGACUGUAUGUGUAUGUGCGUGUGUGUGUGCGUUAGCUAGUGUUUAAGUAAUUCAUUCGAAGCUUUCCACAUGAGUCGUUCCAUCAAUCGUGCCACAUCCCGUGCAGUUACUGUCUGUGUGCCUGCGUUGCCGUCUGAAUUAUUGAGCAGCUUAAAGGCCGCAUUUGAAUGAUUGGAAAAUGCUUUCCCUCACCGUUCCGUUCGUUUGUGGAUUGUGGUUGAUGUGUGUGUGUGUGUGUGUGUGUGUGUGUAAUGGAAUAAAAAUGUGGCAAUGUGGCAAUGUGAAUGAGCAGUAGGAGCUGCAGGGUCUGGUAUAGAAAUCCUCGUGGAAAGUGCAGUACAUGUACAGGGGGUGGUAAAGAGCCUCGUGCCAUGAGGUGAAAAUUCGAUGCUGGGGCUUGUGUUUGCUUUUCCCGCCUCUUCGUAUACGUGUGUAUGUGCGCGUGUGUUUGUUUGGGUAGUUCGACAGAUGAAGUAGUUUCGGUGAGCUUUCACCGCGUUGUGUGUAUAGCGCGAAUGCAGUUUUCAGCUCAGUAUGCAACAUAGAGCGAAGAGUGUGGUGCGCUGGUGAACAUCCGUUUAGAUUCCCCAAAACCUCCUCCCAACACCCAGCAGCUUGAUCAGCGAAAAGUCUCGAGAGAAUUUAACAAAAGAAGACACAACCUGACUUGGAGGAUCUCACAGCACGGCAAUACCGUUGGGGCAAUACCGUGUUGCCAAUCCAUCGGGCACCACAAAGAAAAAACCGUGCAGCUCGUACACUCAACAAAACACUGCCGUUAGUGUGGGUGUAUGUGUGUGGUCUGCUCUCACUAGUUGGUGUUUGGGAGAAAUGCAUUUCGCUGAUGCAUUUCUGCUCGGUUGCUACGAGUUGCACCACAGCUCUCAUCGGAGCACGAAUCCCGGGAACUGGGAUGUCAUCAAACCUACGGCUGACGGCCAUUACAUCGCAAAUACGUGGGUAGAGUGCACUGUGGUUAGCAGCAGGACGAAGCGAUCCGUUCGAUAACUCCACUGGCGCAGCAGGAUCGAUGUGCAGGGAAGGCUAGAGGUUCGCCACACGCCACGUCAAUGCAUCAUGGGACGCUUCCCCUACAAUGACGAUCCGGUGGAAAUGUGGCUCUGGUCAUCUAGAAAGCCGGUACAAUUUGUCCGACUGUCGUCGGUUCCGUUUCCGAGCCCGCAUCUUUCCGGCACGGCGACGGUAACGCUGGCCGGUGCGACCGUUGGCGUGGGCGUCCGCGGUUUGGCCGGAGGUUUGGUCCGCCCGCCCGCCUACACCGGGUACGUUAGCUACAUGAAGCAAUUUAAUUUCACCGGCAACCCGAUCGACAACCGGACCGGAGCCGAAGCCGGCCUCGGCCCGGACCGGAUCGAUGCGGACGACGACGAGGACGAUGGGUCGUCGCUGGCGCUGCACAACUACUGGGCCCUGCUGGCAAUAAUACUCGUGUUCGGUACGGCCGCCGGCAACAUUCUCGUCUGUCUCGCCAUCGUCUGGGAGCGGCGGUUGCAGAACGUCACCAACUACUUCCUGAUGUCGCUCGCCAUCACGGACUUGAUGGUCGCACUGUCCGUGAUGCCGCUGGGCAUCCUAACGCUGGUGAAAGGGCACUUUCCGCUGGAUUCGGAGUACUGUCUGGUGUGGAUCUGUUUGGAUGUGCUGUUCUGCACCGCUAGCAUCAUGCACCUGUGCACCAUCUCGGUCGAUCGCUACCUGUCGCUGCGCUAUCCGAUGAAGUUCGGCCGGAACAAGACGCGGCGCCGGGUCGUGCUGAAGAUAAGCUUCGUAUGGUUGCUGUCGAUUGCGAUGAGUCUGCCACUAAGUCUAAUGUAUUCCAAGAACCACGCGUCGGUGCUGGUGGACGGAACGUGCCAAAUACCGGAUCCGGUGUACAAGCUCGUGGGCUCGAUCGUGUGCUUCUACAUACCGCUCUGCGUAAUGCUGAUCACCUACACGCUGACCGUGCGGCUGCUGGCACAGCAGAGCGAAAACCUGGGCGGUGUCGGCAGUGGGGGCGGCUGGUCGAGCGGGUGGCUUGGCCAAGCGCCCGCGUUCGAUCGGCGCAACACCUGGAAGCGCAUCAUCAAGCUGAGUCUGCCCGCGGCCCAGAACCCGCACGCACACUCGGCCGCCUCCACCGAUACGGAGCUUUCCACGCUGGACAAUCACGACCUUUGGCUGCUGGAGUCUAGCAUUCCAGAACCGAGCUCGAUUACAAUGACGGCGAUGCAGCGAUUCGGCGAGGAGAUGUUGAAACUUUCCCAAGGGCUAGAAUCGGUGGCGCAGCACAGCGAUCGAAACUCGGGCCAGAACGGUAGCUCGCGCUCGCCGGAGCCAUCACGUGAGAAGGAAUCGUUUCGCAAAAAGCCAGCCAACGCAAAGCAUGCGCCGACGCCGGUCACGAUGGUAACCGUGCGGUCGCCAGUGCCGUCGAAAAAGCGCCGCAGCUCCACCUCCACCUGGAUCGCGCGGCGCAACUCGGGCACGCCGCCCCCGGUGCGGCUGGUGCGGAAGCGCUUCAAGAGCCUGCCGCACGCACUGCCGCCCCCCGCAUCGGACGACAUCGAGGUGGACGAGCAGUUCAUGCAGGACGUGCUGUACGAGCUGCGGGACCGGGAGGACCGGGGAUCGGUGCACGGCUCCUCGGCCCGACCCGGUGCCGCCGGGCUGGACGGCGUGCCAGCCGCCGCCAGCAGGGCCACCAGCGAUCGACGGGAGGGCCGGGACGCGGGCAGCAAUCCAGCCGGCCCCAGGCAGGCGCAUCCACUGGCGGCACCGAGCCAGACGGCGGCCACCCUAAAGCUGCCCCCGCCCUGCAAGUGUCCGUUCUUCGGCGAAGGUGCGCCCGGCCGGCAGCAGUACCUGCGCCCGGCCGAGAUCAAGAUCGUCAAGACGAGCACCGACUUCGGGCCGAUGGGCGGGGCGGCAUCGAACGGCGACAGCCUCGUGUACAGCACGAUCUCCAUCUCCUCCGGCUCGAACGUGACGACGCAGCCGACCCGAUCCAUCUCGAGCAGCCUGUCGACCCUGCCCGCCUCCGCACUGGCGUCCCCGAGCCGGAAGGGCAGCGCGCCGAAGGGCAUCUCGGUGGUGACGUGGGAUCAGCGGCGCCACCAGCGGCGCGGCUCGAGCUUUGGCGGGGCGCGAACCUCCCUGCUGCUCACGCCGACCAAGGCGAGCCCGUCGAGCGUGUCGCUGCGGCGGUCGAUCAACCUGCGCCACUCGGCACUGGAGGGCGGUGGCGGCGGCGGCGGCGGCAGCGCCGGCGAAACCAUGUUCCGCGGGGCGCCGAAAAAGAACAGCUCCUCGCCGUGCCUGAUGCAGCACCAAACGGGCGGCGGCGGCGGCGGUGGCGCUGUUGGCGGUGGCAAUGGCACAGCGGUAGCGAUGAUGGCGGUGGCGGCCGCCUCGUCGACCGUGCCGACGCUGGCCACCACGACGAUGGCCGUCCGGUCGCACCACUCGCGCAACUCGAGCAUGAUCUCGCGCAACUCCUCCCGCCACGGGCGCAUCAUCCGGCUCGAGCAGAAGGCGACCAAGGUGCUCGGCGUGGUGUUCUUCACGUUCGUCAUCCUGUGGGCCCCGUUCUUCGUGCUCAAUCUGCUGCCGAGCGUGUGCAAGCACUGCGAGGACAACAUCGACCAGUGGGUGUUCGAGUUCGUCACCUGGCUCGGGUACGCCAGCAGUCUGGUCAAUCCGAUCUUCUACACCAUCUUCAACAAGGCGUUCCGGGACGCGUUCCGCAAGGUGCUGCUGUGCCGGUACGGGCUGAAGGCGCGCCACUGGCAGCCGAACAGCUAGUACGCGGCCGGUACCGGCCGCGGUCCGGACCACAGCGAGCUGUAGCUGCAUUUUCCUCCUCCUGCUCCUCCUCCCAACCACUCACCCACGCAAGCACACGAACUCCGAGCACAAACGGUUUCGGUCGGUUUUUGAUACUUCCCGUUUAGGGCUUCUCGGGGGGGUCUCGCGUCACGUCCCGCUUGGCGAAAGGACGACGGCCCUGCACGAGUUUGUAGAUAUAGCGUACGGUGUGUCGGCGCGUGUAUGUGGUGUUGUUACCUAGCAAUAAAUGUUUUAUACCUUCUUCGUAGUAAAAAAAAAAAUGAACCG